UGUACAAUUUACGUAGUGGAAAACAGCUUUAAGAAAAGUAUCACGUGAUAUUUUUGUCGUUCGGGGAAAAGCAGGGAAGAUAGAAGAGGACGCGAAAAGGACGUAAUAUAAAAAAUUUAAUUAAUAAUGGUAGGGCAACAAAUACUAAAUGUCCAACCAGAAUCGGACACAGCCUACAUCGCUGGUAUCCAGCAAAAAUCUAUUCCAUUUGAGCACAGAUUCAUAGCGAAUAUUGAAAACAAUUUAAAACAAUUGCGGUAUGAUGUGGAAUAUUACAAGGCUACUCAGUCUUUAGAGAACAAUGUAGUUCUUUCUGGCUCUUAUGAAAGCAUUGAUGCUAGAGGAAAGGGUUGGAAAAAGGAAAAUUUAAAAAGAAAGAUUUCUGGAAAAAAUCAGCAUGAAGCUAAAAAACAGUAUAGCCCACUUGCUGAUUCAGCUGCGGGAAGAGAAAGCGAAAUGAAAAUCGAAUAUUGUAACGCUGUUAGUAAUGUUAUUGUUGUGCGAUCACGAGACUCGGAACUCACUUUGAGGCCUAGAAGUAUACCACAUCCAACAAAUGGAACAUCGUAUGAUGAAGCGAAUAUAACAUCAGUACCUGAUAACAGUGUUGCAAAUGUGAUAGCAAAAGGAACAACUUUAACUGACAGUACAGCAGAGGGUGGUGGUGAUGGUGAUGAAUCUGAUGAAGACAACAAAGAGAAAGUCACCAGCACUGUUGACACCAGACCUAGAACGGUCUUCGAGGAAAAUUACAAGAAAAUACUUGAUUUUAAAAAAAAGUUCCAAGAAGAAUGGAAAAGUGACAAAAGAAGGUAUAUUGUUGAACAUCUUGAACAUGCUUACAAUGAAUGCUUAAAGAACAGUAGCAUAGAUGUUUGUACACUGACAGCAUGCUCAGGACCACAAGCAAAAGCUUUUUGUGAAGACUUGAUUCAGAAAGUAUUAGAAGUGAAGAGUGUAGAAGACUCGCAAUUGUCAACAUUGUUAGCCUUGCUGUACCAUUCCAUGAUGUGUUCUAACAAGAGCAACUGCAAUAUGCCGCUCUGUGCUGAUUUCAUGAAAAGCAUUCGCAAAUGGUUCGAGGAGCAGCUUGAUGAUGCCAAAAACAACUAUGUGUCCUUGGCCUUCGCCAAUGAACAGCCUGAGCUCCUUUAUUCGAACACUGAAGCAGUCGUUGACAAUAAUGGAAAAAUAACCAGCACUCAUUUUCAAAUAAACCAUUCCAAAUUCCUUGGUAAAGGUGGAUUUGGUUCUGUCUAUGAUUGCUGGGUAGCAGCCAAUAAAAGUGAUGCUCGAAUGGCAAUUAAAAAGAUGGCGUUGAGUGCGGAGCUUCCCAAAAUUGAUGAUAUGGUGGCGAAUGUAAGAUGUGUGCAGAAUGGACCUAAUCUUUUAUUGCCAGAUUUGAUCAUUUCUACAAAGAGUAGAAAUUUGGCUUACUUUGUCAUGGAAAGGGGAGAGAUCUCACUUUCCCAUUACCUGCGCAAAGUGUACAAGGUACACGAGACUACGUGUCACGAGAAAGAACACAUAGGUCCAUGCAAUUCUGGUUUAGUUGUUGAAACCUGUUGCAAGUAUUUUUUGCAAUUAGCGAGAGCUGUUGAUUACAUUCAUGACCAUGACUUUGUUCAUGGAGACAUUAAAUGUGACAACGUCAUGAUUAUGCCUGGUUACAACCAAGUAAAGCUCAUUGACUUCGACACUCUAAAAAAAGAGAGUGUACGAGCUGUGUCUGGUACUCAUGGUUACGCUGCACCAGAGGUAUACCAUCGUGGUAAUGUUACGAAAGCUUCUGAUGUGUAUUCACUGUGUUCUAUCAUACCAGAAUUGUACUAUGUGUUUGCAAUGCAAACAAACAAACCCAAUGAAAUUGCGGAAAGAAAUCUCGCUAUUUAUCGCUGGAUGAAGAAAAGGGAAAAGUCACUGGCCUUGCUAUUUUACCGCGGAACUCAGAUCGAACCGAACAAAAGACCCACUAUUAAACAGUUAGUUCGAUGUUUUGAGCAAAAUCUGGAGUUGCAUGAAAUGGUAAUCGCAAAUGUCGCCAUACCACCUCUCCAUGAUAUUUAUGUGGAAAGGCCAAACGAAAAAGACCGAUCACCAACAAACAAUUCUUUGGAUCCGAGAGCCGCUGUUUGUAAACAAGUGCUUGAGAAAUGGCUUGAGAAUAUUAUGGGCAAACUUCCGAGUCGGUUCCCGACGAAAUGGCCAGUUGAAAGUAGCUAUGACGAGAGAUUCGAUUCAGUCUCCCCUGGUAAUUAUGAAACUGGCAUUAACUUGAGCCUGGAGGAUAUUUUGAGUAAUCAAGAUGAGUAACCUGGCCUUUGGAAUGUAUAGUGGUUAAGAAAUGAUGAGUAUUUGUAAAAUGAUGCACAAAUUUAUGCUUUUUUACUUUAUUAAGCUUCAUAUACCUAAAGCUAUAUAAAUGAAACACGAAAGUUUGGUUUAAACUUAUUCUAAAUUUAGUAUUUGUAAACUUCUUUUAACAGCAAUUUUAUUUGUCCAAACGACGGGAUUUUAAAGUAUGUAAUUUAUGUGUUUUUAUUUUAAGAUUUUUAAGUCAUAUUUGGUGAUUGUGGUAAAAUAGUUUGAAAAUCAUGUUACAAAUCAUUUUGUUGCGUCGUAAUGUCAUGGCGCAAAGAAAACAUUUUAAAUUUUUGUUUUGUAGUUUAAACAAACAAAAUCUUCACGCCCUAUUUUCGCGUUUUCAAAUUACUCGUCAAAAACUAAAUCCACGAAUUGUAUUACGUUAUUACGGUGCCAUAUUUAUUACACCAUUGUUGUGUGUAGUCUGUUCACAGUGCAGGCUGCCAUGUUGUUUUGUUUUGUCACUUGUGGGUGUGCCCUCUGCCAUGGAGUUCGUUUCAAGAUGGAGUGCAUACACCCACUGUAUUUUUGUGUACGCCUGCAUGAUUGAUUAUAUGUAAUUAGUUUUUAUUCCCUCCCUUGGGAGUUGCUAUGAGUUACACACAUGCAUCCUUCAUUGAAGACUCUGUGAAAAUUGCAUUCAACUGCUAAUCUAUGUUCAAUGUUAAAAUUAGUGAAUUGGUAUAACCUAUAUACAGUUUCAAAUGUUCGGCCUAAGCAUGCGGUUACUCUGAUACUAGAUUUAAAUCAUUUUAAUGUGUACAAGACUUAACAUCUGUAUUAUAUUUUUUUGCACGGGAAAAAAACGCUAAAAAACA